AUGACUCUGCAGAAGGAAAAACUCAUAAUUCGUGUUCUGGAGGAUGGAAAAUCAGCUCAGACAGGUGUAACUACAGCAUCAGCCAUAGCUGGAACGCUGAACACCGAGAAGAGGAACAACAGUGGUCCUCAGUGUGCAAACCCCAUGGUCCAUGGUGCGGGAGCGACAACACAGAGACAGAACGGCUUCAGAGCAGCAGAGAGUAAAUGGGAUGCACAGAAAAUGUCCACAAAAGAAGUCACCAUUAAUGUUACAAAAAGCAUCAGACAAAGUGACAGAAGGAAAGCAAAGAAUUGUGUCAAUUAA